CAGUCUCUUGAAGAGUCUGAAAUGCUUUCGCAGCUUUAGUCAUCGCAACCAUAUGAAUUGUCUAGGCCCGCCGGACUGAAAAUGCGGCUGCAUUUUUUUCAAUGUGAACCUGUUUCAUUUUGGAGUAAUGACUUGACAACAGUAAGAUGCGAUUUUGAGGAGGGAGAGUCAUGGAUUUAGGAUUCCGCGCUUUUCAUUACAACGUGAGAUUGCCGCUGAUAAAACACCAUGACAUAGGCUACAGUAACUGGGUUUUGGGAGUGAGGAGAUCGACCCUUUGGUCCAUCGGUUGCCUGUAUCCCAGUGCUCCAGCCCUGCGUUUUUGUUGACGGGGCCCCUUGGCAAUCGGCUUAUUUUCUUUCCGUCUGUGGCUAGAGGGGGAGGCGGAGAGAGAGCCGCGGUGGAAGGCGGCGUAUUAGCGUUAGGCUAUAGCUGCCGACCACAAAUGUUAUUUUAUUUUCUGGAAUGAAACGUGGCUUUUGUUUUGCGACCGGACUACCAAACUUGUGGUUCACUGCAGCAUUUUGCGUCUUUUCCCUCCGCUGCAGAUGAUAGCCUACAGAAAAGCAUCAUAGCCGUACCCCACCACUGCAAUUUUUGGGCAAAGAUAAGAGUGGCGUCGUCUUGCAGUUAAGGCUACUGUGGCAGCAUAGGGGGCAUCUUCUGGAGGGGAGAAUCCGCCAAUUUUUUGCUUAGUCUAUCUACAAUGCCUUAUUAUUAGCGGAAACAGUCACCGGAUUUGAAACCCAGCAUCAUCCCGCGGUUUCCCCGUUUUCAAAGCUGCUGUUUACCCAUUGAAAAUCACUGAAGAACGCAGCGGAUCCCGAUGGCAUGGACACUUAUGCAAGGUCUGCCGCGCUGCCGUGCUACUGGAGCCUUCUUGCUGUCUCUUCAUUCAACCCAGCUCCAUCGCCAUCGCCCCGCAGCCGAGAGAGCCCUGCCGCAACGCGAACAGCGACCACCGAGCCAAAGCAGGCGGCAUGAGGCUUGAUUCAGUACAUUUAUCCAUGCUGGUCAUCGGGGUCUCAUUCGCCUGCUACUCCCCGAGUUUGAAUUCCCUGCAGGACCAGGCUUACAAAUCCGCCGUGGUGAUUGAGGGCAAGGUGCAGUCUACGCCUGUGAACAUCUCCGCGGAGCCGUACCGUGUGAAUGUCAAAGUGCUGGAUGUUUGGCCUCUAAACAGCGGAGGUCUGGAGCGAGAACAGCUCGUCACCGUGGGGGAGUUUGGAUCUGAGGCGCCGUGUACCAAAGUGAAGAAGAACCACAAGUACAUUUUUUUCAUGGACCCCACUGAGGAGCCUUUGGUUUUUAAGGCAUCAUAUGCGCCUCUAGACACAAGUGGAAAGAACCUAAAAAAGGAUGUUGGGAAGAUCUUGUGUGAGGACUGCGCUGCGGCUCCAAAGUUAAAACCAAUGAAGAACCCAAUAACAGUGAAUGAGAGACAAAAGCUCAUAGUAAAGUGUGAGGCCACAGGGAACCCUCCUCCUAGCUACAGAUGGUUCAAAGAUGGCAACGAACUGAAGAGAAGCAGAGAAAUCAAAAUAAGGAAAACCCAGAAAAACUCCAAAGUCCAGAUCAACAGUGCAAAACUGGAGGAUUCUGGGAAUUACACAUGUGUGGUGGAGAACCCACUGGGAAAGGACAACUCCACUGGCACUGUUAACGUUGUCAACGUCCAAAGCAUAACCACAACACUAUCUACAGGCUCAGGCCACACCAGAAGAUGCAACGACACAGAGAAGGCCUACUGUGUGAAUGGCGGCGACUGUUACUUCAUAGAGGGUGUAAAUCAGCUCUCCUGCAAGUGUCCAAAUGACUUUACUGGUGAUCGCUGUCAAACCUACGUUAUGGCCAGUUUCUACCAGCAUCUUGGGAUUGAAUUUAUGGAGGCAGAGGAACUCUACCAGAAAAGAGUGCUGACAAUCACGGGUAUUUGUGUGGCUCUGUUGGUGGUGGGCAUCGUGUGUGUGGUUGCCUACUGUAAAACCAAGAAACAAAGAAAGAAGAUGCACAAUCAUCUGCGACAAAACAUGUGUCCAGAACAUCCCAAUCGCAACCUGGCUAACGGACCCAAUCACCCAGGACCAGGCCCAGAGGAAAUCCCUAUGGUAGAUUACAUAUCAAAGAAUAUCCCUGCAACUGAACGAGUCAUACGGCCUGCAACAGAGGGAUCGUUCCCUGCCAGCCAUGCCUCUUCCAGAUCGCACAACACUUCCACACGAGCCCAUUCAUCAACUCACAGACACGAGGAACGAACAUGGAGCCUGGAGCACUCUGACAGCAUCCUGUCCGACUCUCCGGCAAUGCUGUCAUCAUCUGUGGGGACCAGUAAAUGCAGCAGUCCUGCGUGCAUGGAGGCACGGGCACGGCGAGCUGCACACUGUGGUUACUCUGACCAUCGGCCGGGCCUACAGUGCAGGGACUCCUUUGAUUCACUGGGAGACUCACCGCACAGCGACAGAUAUGUCUCAGCCCUGACGACACCAGCCCGCCUUUCACCGGUGGAUUUCCAUUACUCAUUGCCCCAGCAGGUGCCUACCUUCCAGAUCACAUCCCCCAAUGCCAGCCAUGCCAUGUCUCUUCCUCCUGCUGUCCACAAUCCCUACUCUCUGGAGGAUGACCAGCCUCUGUUGCGCCGCUACCAGGUGCCCCUGCACGAUGCCCAGUGCCAGGAGCCCUACCGGCAGCAGCGUCGUACCUAUCUAAAUGACAGCAGAGGCAGUCUGCCCUCCAGCCCCUACCGGCUGGCUGAGGAUGACGACUAUGAGACCACCCAAGAGUAUCUCUCCUCUCGGGAGCAACCAAAGAGAAGUGGGUCCAGUGGAACUGGUAGCCGGCGCUGGCGGAGAUCCAGACUGAAUGGCCAUGUGGCCCCACGUGGAUAUGAAGCGUCUCGGGACUACGGGUCUCGCAGCUGCCUAACAGAUAGUGAGUCAGAUGAGGAUGGUGAGAGCACACCCUUUCUCAGUAUGCAGAACAUGAAUGCAGAGACCUCGACCAUCUACAGGCCGGCAGACAGUCGGACUUCUCACUCAUCAGGGCGGCACGGUGGGCAUGGGAACAUGCAUACAAGACUUACACACUCUCGCUCCAAACCGGACAAUACACCCCACUAAAGAGUGAAAAUGAACCAACAAAAUUCAAUAUAGUAUAGACCUGCAUCUAUAAGAAAUAUUUUUAUUUUAUAUAACUGACAGAUAUUCUAAACAAAUGAAAUAUUUAUUUUCAUUUUAGCAAAAGUUGUCUACUAGUUAUCAGCAAAGACUUUUUAUAGGGAACACUCUAUUUAUAUGUACAUUUUGAGUUACAGCAUAAAAAGAUGUGCCAGUUUUUUCACAACAUAAAAAAUAGAGUAAUAUUGUGGUGCCUUUUGCUGUAUGCUGAUGCCAGAGGGCCAGUGGAGGUUUUUGUAGCCUUUCUUAUAUGGACGCCUCAUUUUUUAUACACCUUUUAUGUUUUAUGUUCCUCUCUGGUUUUUUUGUUGUUUUUUUUCAAGUUGCAUACUUUGAGGAGUUUAGUCCUACUGGAACAUAACCCCUUCCAUAUCACGCAAUAUAAACCACUUCAACAUAAAGUGUAUGUUUACAUUAAUAUAAUUCGCCUGUAGGGUUUAUGAUUUGGGAUCUACAGUAACAGAACGCCUGAUAAAUACAAUGUAAAUCCUUUUUGCCCUCUGACUAAUGUCCACUAAGAGAGAGAAUGAGUGAGUGACAGAGAGCGAGAGAUUGUGUGUGUGUGUGUGUGUGUGUGUGUGUGUGCGUGUGUGUCUGUGCGUGCAUGUCAGUUUGCUUGCAUGUAUUUUUGAUUGUUAGAUGAAUUUCGCGGUUGUGGUAACAUCAAACGUGCAGGUCUACUGGUGUUUCAGCAGAGCUGACAUAAGAGUGUCUAAGAGGUGCACAGAAUAGUACUUUUUCAGAACAGUGACCCCCAGUGUAGGUGGACAGGUAAGGUUGUAAGUUAUGCAGGUCAUUGCUUGAUGUGUUUACAGCUAUUCUGUCCCUUUCCCAGCCUGCCCCAGUUACAUCCCAGUCAUCAGAGGUGGUGGCAAAAAGAAGAUUGUAUCUGUUUUCAUCCGCCUCUGCUCCUAAUCCCAUAUCCCGUCAUCCUUCUGUGUCCAUUCUGUUUUUGCGGCUGAUGUUAAAAGCCGCACAGUGUCUCAGGAUUUCCACAUGCACCCCCUCCCCCUCCACCUUAAACCCUCUUCACCCUCUUCCUAAACUUAAGGUCUACCUAAGACUAAGGUUCUCAGAUGUUGAGGGCCUAAAUGUUAACACACAGUCUACCGAUUCCCUGAACACCCCCAUACAGACAGAGAAGGAAGUGGAAGCAGUUCAGUGGGGAACAGUGCAGAACAUACUAGACAAUAUAAAUUAAAUAGCUGUGAAACUUUGGAGGAUCAUACAAUGCAAAAAUAUGCAAACUUUAUAUUUUGCUGUUUGAUUACAUCAUUUUCUAAGCAAUGACUGUAGUGUGUUGUGUGUGAAAAAACUAUGUGAUGCAUAUAGUGUAUAAUGAAUUAAUAUGAUAUAAAUGCAUAUUUACAGUACAUGAGUUAUUUUUUAAAGCCAUUAUACAGCCAUUUAUCAAGUCUUCAGCCUUUCUUGUUUACAUACUCAUGUUCACUGAAUGACUGUGUCAUAUAUUAUUUUAUCACUUGGUUUAGACUGCUCCAUUUUAUGUGCACACUUCUAAGUAAAUACAGUAGCAUCCAAAUAGCGUCUCCGCCAGUAGUACUGUGUACUGCUUUGUCUUGUCGACAGAUCUAGUCAUUUCAAAUUUAGUUAAUAAAUGACAAUAAUUUUAAAAGUAAACUAAAUAAUUUAAGCCUUCUGUCCUCCACCGAAGUCAAAGUGAGUACUCAAUCGAGAAAUGUCGAACACAUGACAAGCGACUCAGUGAGAGAAGACAGCUGAUGAGGUUUUAUCACUUGGUGUGGUUCCUUUUCAUUUAAAACAACAACUGAAUGCUGAAUGAUCAGAUGAUGAUUGGUUGAAAAUAUUCUUAAUAAGACUGAUCUGCGAUUCUAUCUGCUUUAUGGUAAAUACACAGUGGUAUUAUUGAGAACGGUCUUUGGUCACACCUCACUUGCAGAUGUUUCAUUAAGUUUCUCACCUCUGGGUCUAAUUUUGUAUGCAAAAGAAGACUGUGCUCCUCUACUUUAAAUGUGGUACUCCCUUCACUUUGCCAGUCCUUUCACACAAUUGAGAUGCUACCAGGCACCUCCUGCAAGUCUCCUCUGUUUAAUUUUAUGACUCCCCACCCUCGCUUGAAAUGUUUGAACAUCUCUCCUUUGCAUGUCCUUGUGGUCAAGGUUAGAUGGGUGCAUGGUUUCAAAAAAAAGAAGAAAAAAAGCAGCAGACAAUUCUUUUCCAGUCAGUGAAAGUGUGUUUCAUUUAACAUUCAGCAAUAAAAAAGAACCUUUCCCCAUGUCAUUCCUGAAAUAUGCUAGAAAAAAAAGAAAAAAAUGCGAGAUUGUCAUAGAUUGUAAAAUAAAAUGAAAAAUGAAUC